CUGUCUUCUUCCCCGCAAGCACUCUCUCUCUCUCUCUCUCUAGCUCUGUGAUUCAGCUGCCAGUGCUGUUACUAUUCUCGGAAGACUUCUGAGGGGCCCUGAUAUGAGUAAACCGUUCCUACUGGGUGUGAUCCUCAUCCUAGUAGCUGUGGGCUAUCAGUACAGAGAGGCACUUCAAUCACUCCUCCCUGACUCAAUCAAAAGAGAUAUCAAAUCAAACAGCCCGAAAUCAUCCAACCAGCAGACACCCUCCACAGAGGCAGGACCUAGCAUUAAGAACUUCCCCGAUCCUCAAUAUUAUAAUCCGCCCUUUGACCCAGAGCAUCCUUCAGAACCAAUCUACUCUAAAUCUGGAACUCGUUUGAUCACACUCAAUGAGCUGGCAGCCCACGGACACAACGGGACACUCAGGCCACUCUGGUUGGCUGUCGUGGGGCGUGUGUUCGAUGUGGAAAAGGGGGCAGAGCACUACUAUGGCCCCAGUGGGGGAUACAACUUCUUCACCGGUCGUGACGGCUCCAGGGGAUACAUUACUGGAGAGUUUAACGAUGAGGGUCUCAUUGACGACAUUGAGGGACUUAGUCUGGCUCAGAUAGGGGAACUGGACGGAUGGGUCAAAUUUUACGACAAAGACUACACGUUCGUGGGUAAACUGAUUGCCCGCUACUACAACAAGGACGGUAGCCCCACUAAAGAGUGGUACAAGUAUCAGAGGUCACUCACUGACAAGGACAAGCUCGAUGCGGAGACAGCAAAGCUCAAGAAGAGGUACCCUGGUUGUAACUCACACUGGACUCAGGAUGAGGGAGGCAAGGUCUUCUGUUCCACUGGAAGUGGAGGAACACAGAGGGACUGGGUGGGCUACCCUCGACGUUACUUUGCCCCGGGCUCCAAGAACUGGCGUUGUGCGUGUGUCCGUGACGAUGAUCUCAAUAGUGUUCAUGUCAAGAUGUACCCUCUCUGUGACCCUGUCUCCGUGGAGUGCAAAGUGCAUCCAGACCAAAUUGCUAAACUAAGAGAGACUGGCGGCUAGACUAGAGACGAUAGUUUUAUGUUCAAUGCUUUUGAAUUACAUGCUAGCCAAUACUUAUUACUCACGAUAAUUUAAUGUAGAUCUAAACUGUACUGGAGAAUGAUCUAAUGUUCGGAGUGUAA